AUGAUAAACAAAGCUGCGGCUGAGGAACCAAGGCCUAUUAUUGUACUCGGUCCUGUUGGAAAUAAUGCAAUUAUAAACGCUGAGACUGCUCUUAAACAUCACAAUUUGGUUUCCUUCGGCCCGGUGACUGGAUCAAGGACUAUGCGAAGCUGGAACCCCCACUACUACUUUGUGCGAGCAGAUCCUGAAUACGAGCUACUGGCACUUGUUCGGUAUGCUCUGGGUGAGAUGCGUGUGCGGCAAUUGGGGCUCAUGUUCGUGAAAAAUGUUUUGGAUGGGGACUCUCUAUACGACCUUCUCAUGCGGCUUACUUCCCGGAUGGAAUAUGGCGUGAGAAGUGUUUUUUCGAUCACCGCC